AUGAGUAACGCGGUGGACCGCGACCUCGAAAUGGCCGAGGUCGACGCCAACGCCCAACGUCGCUCCUCCGACUGGGGAGACGAGAAGCCUCGCCAGCCCGCCGAAGCCCCUAGACCAUCAACAUCGGGAUCCGCCUCCACAAUGUCCUCCUCAGGGUCCAGUAGCUCUGUCGAGUACAAUCCCAAUGUGCACCGUCUGCAAUCCCGAAAUACCGAGGUCGACCUCGAGCGUCGGCGGUCUAAUCUAUCGCAGGCGCUGAGUCGCAUCGAGACACAACGGCUGCAACAUUCGAUGACCGUGGGUGAAAGUGUCAAGUCGCGCCCGUCCAAGCUGCCGUUACCCCCAAUGGGUGCUGGCAAACCCUAUCCACCACAAUUGCCGGACCGAGAGGACUACGUCGUGGAAUUUGACGGACCGGACGAUCCACUGUAUCCACAGAACUGGUCCCUGAAGACCAAGGCAUGGACCGGCGCAAUGCUUGCAUUCACCAGUAUCUGUUCCACAUUCGAUUCCGCCAUCUUCAGCGCAUCAACGAGAAGCGUGGCAUCCGUGUUUGGAGUCAGCGUCGAGGUUUCAACCUUGUCGAGCUCUCUCUACAUCUGCGGCUACGCAACUGGGCCUCUGAUCUGGGCGCCUCUGUCUGAGCUGAAAGGUCGUCGCUUGCCGAUCAUCUUCGCCAUGCUUGGGUUCGGAAUUUUCAACAUCGGUGUCGCGGUAGCCAAGGAUCUGCAAACCCUCAUGAUCUGCCGUUUCUUCUGCGGUGUCUUUGGUAGUUCGCCUCUUGCGGUCGUGGCGGCUGUCUUCUCCGACAUCUUCAACAAUCGCACCCGUGGUAUCGCGAUCGCCUGUUUCUCCAGCACCGUCUUCCUAGGUCCCCUGCUGGCCCCCUUUAUUGGUGGAUUCAUCAACAUGUCCUACCUGGGCUGGCGCUGGACAGCCUACAUCCCGGCGUUUAUGGGAUUCGCUGCGUUUGUGAUGAAUCUUUUCUUCCUCAAGGAAUCAUACCCUCCGGUGGUGCUCGUGGAGAAAGCCGCGGAAUUGCGCCGCCGCACCAAGAAUUGGGGGAUUCACGCCAAGCAGGAGGAAAUUGAAGUGGACUUGAGAGAUCUGGUGAUCAACAACUUUUCCCGUCCCUUACGACUGCUGAUCAAUGAACCCUUGAUUCUGGCCGUGACGCUCUAUCUCAGCUUCAUCUACGGCUUGCUCUACUGCUUCUUGACUGCCUACACACUUGUCUUCCAGGGCGUGCACGGGAUGAACGCUGGAGUCAGUGGUCUGCCUCUCUUCGGCAUGGUCGCGGGUCUCUUGAUUGCUGCUGCCUACAUCAUCCUCUCCAGCUCGUCCUACAACCGCAAGCUGGAGGCGAAUGGAGGGGUUCCAGUGCCGGAAUGGCGACUUCCUCCCGUCAUCGUGGGCGGUGCCCUCUUCGCCGCUGGACUCUUCUGGUUCGGAUGGACCGGUUUUACGGAUAGCAUCCACUGGAUCGUCCCCACGCUGAGUGGGCUAUUCACCGGAUUCGGGCUCUUGAUGAUCUUCAUCCAGCUCUUCAACUACCUCAUCGACACUUAUCUUAUGUUUGCCGCUUCCGCAAUUGCCGCCAAUACCUUCUGCCGAUCCCUAGUCGCAGCUGGUUUCCCACUCUUCUCGCGCCAGAUGUUUCAAAAUCUAGGCAUCCAAUGGGCAUCCACCCUCCUCGGCUGUCUCGCCGCGGUUCUCGUUCCCAUUCCCGUCGGAUUCUACUUCUUCGGCAAGAGACUGAGAAUGAAGAGCAAGUUUGCGCCCUUCUUCGAGCCCGCAAAUGAGUCGUGCGCCGUGGAUCACGGAGAUACGGUCGAGGACGAUGCUGAGCGUGCUUGA